AAUCGAGCCAGCAGCAGCUGCAUCCAGCAGCGAGGUCACUCCGUGUUCAGCGGCUCCUUCUCCCCCUGUGUUGGCCUUCAACACCAGCUGGAGCUUGCGGAUUUGGCAGCAUGUUUAUCUGCCCAGCGGCGCCUUGUAACAGUGCAAGUAUGUCGAGCUCGAACAGGGAAGCAAAUGCUGCAGAAGCCAAGAGGAGUGAGCUCAGGACCACCGAGAAGAAAUGCUCAUGGGCGUCCUACAUGACGAACUCGCCGACAGUCAUCGUCAUGAUUGGUCUUCCUGCAAGAGGAAAGACCUACAUGUCCAAGAAACUAACGCGUUACCUCAACUGGGUCGGCGUUCCCACCAAAGUAUUUAAUUUGGGUGUGUAUCGCAGAGAAGCUGUCAGAUCCUACAAGUCGUACGAUUUCUUCCGCCACGACAACGAAGAGGCCAUGAGGAUACGCAAGCAGUGUGCUCUGGUGGCUCUGCAGGACGUGAAGUCAUACUUGACUGUGGAGGGAGGUCAGAUCGCUGUUUUCGACGCAACAAACACGACCAGAGAGCGGAGAGACCUGAUUCAAGAUUUCGUACGGGAAAAUGCCUUCAAAGUUUUUUUCGUGGAGUCUGUGUGUGACGACCCGGAGGUCAUCGCUGCGAACAUUCUGGAAGUGAAAGUUUCCAGUCCAGAUUAUCCCGAGAGGCACAGGGAGAGAGUCAUGGACGAUUUCCUCAAGAGAAUCGAGUGCUACAAAGUCACAUAUCAACCUUUGGAUCCUGAGGAAUAUGACAAGGACCUGUCUUUUAUCAAAGUCAUGAACGUGGGACGGCGCUUUCUUGUGAACCGGGUCCAGGACUACAUCCAGAGCAAGAUCGUCUACUACCUCAUGAACAUCCACGUGCACUCGCACUCAAUCUACCUGUGUCGACACGGAGAAAGCAACCACAAUGUUGAGGGCCGUAUUGGAGGAGAUUCUGAACUUUCUCCACGUGGGAAGCAGUUUGCACACGCUCUCCACGACUUCAUCAAGGAGCAUGAGCUGUCAGACUUGAAGGUUUGGACCAGCCAGCUGAGGAGAACCAUACAGACGGCCGAGGAACUGGGUGUUCCCUACGAGCAGUGGAAGAUUCUGAAUGAGAUUGAUGCUGGUGUGUGUGAGGAGAUGUCGUACGAGAUGAUCCAGAGGAGUUUCCCAGAGGAGUUUGCUUUAAGGGACCAGGACAAGUAUCACUAUCGCUACCCAGGAGGAGAGUCCUACCAGGAUCUGGUCCAGCGUCUGGAGCCAGUCAUCAUGGAGUUAGAGAGACAAGGAAACGUGCUGGUCAUUUGCCACCAGGCUGUGAUGCGCUGCCUCCUCGCUUACUUCCUGGACAAAAGCGCAGAAGAUCUUCCCUACAUGAAGUGUCCCCUCCACACCGUCCUCAAACUGACCCCUGUGGCUUACGGCUGCAAAGUGGAGAUGUUUUACCUGAACGUGGAGGCAGUCAACACGCACCGAGACCGGCCACUCGGUAAGAUCCCGAAAGACUCUGCCGUCCUCCUCCGCCGAAAUAGUUACACUCCCCUCUCCAGUCAUGACCAAGUCAAGCGUCCCAGGCUUUACAGUGCCGGCAACCAGCCGUGGCCCCCGCUGGCUCCCACUCCAUCAGCUCUGAUGCCAGAGGAACGGGAAAGCCAAUAUCAGAGAGGAAGCCAGAGUCAGAGUCAUUGUGUGAAGAAAUCGACUAUGAGAGCUCAGAGGAAACUGUUGACUGUGCCCGCUCCUGAAUGAAGGUCACCUGGCACCUACAGAGGGGACCCGGGUCAAACGUGACCCUGUAAUAUGAUAAAAGCUGCUUCCACUAUAGUAAUGGCACAGUAUGAACACACUGACACAUUAGCAGUGAAACUCCUUGUGGAAAUAUACAGUAUAUUUAUGAUCGACUUUGAUUGCAAUAGCUGCAUGUCGCUGCCUGGAAACAGGAAGAACCCAAUUUGAAUGAACAUGAGAAUCCAAGUUAUGAUGGAUUUAUUCUCAUGGCGAUGAUAAUCCCAUACUGUGGUUUAAUUUCUGUCUCGUUUGGAAACCUCUGUGCCUUUUUACAGACAAUGUCUGUUAGCGCAGAUAAAGCUGUGUUUUGCAAGUAUUGUUGUACACGAAUAUAUCAAAACAAUAAAUACAUA